AUGUAUUGGCCGGCGUUCACAACCGUUUUGCUGCUGGUCUUGGCCGGGUGUUGUUGGCCACAAACAGGUGGCUCUCAGAUAUUGGCUUUAUUCAUCAAUGGCCAUCGUUCCCAUUUGCUAUUGUACUCAUCCAUAGUAAACCUGCUUUUGGAUCGUGGUCACCAUGUCACACUGGUCACCACAAAUGACAUACCGCAGAUAUCUGCAGAAGCCGCAAAUUUACGAUGGAUUAAAUUAUCCUCCAACUAUACAAGGGGCAGAGCCAUGGCACAAAGUAAUCCAUUGGAUAAAAUCGAAUCAAUGCUGAGACGUAUUGAAUAUACAUCGAAAUUCAUGAAGGAUCCAACAUGGCUGAGUUUUAUGCAGGAGAAUCAUCAUCCUACCUACGAUCUCAUGAUUUUAGGCUAUCUCUUCAAUGACUAUCAAUUGGGCGUGGCUGCCCAUUUUAAAUGUCCCGUUGUGGUGGUUUGGACCGGCCAACCUAUAGGAUUUGUACAUAGACUAAUGGGCAAUCCAGAGGAGAGAUGGUAUGUGCCACAGCCUUACGACAGAAAUCAAUUUAGUGGUUUCAAAGCUCUUGCAUUUGGAUGGUUCGAAAAGUUUGUGGAAUUAUUGGCCUUGCAGAAAAUGAAAGAGAUUUACAAUGAACACUUUCCGGAAUCAAAAUACCCCGCCUUCAAUGAAAUACGAAAAAAUGUUUCAUUGGCCCUAUUCAAUCAUCACUCUUUAAGUGAAGGACCCAUAGCACCUUUUUUACCAGCUAUUAUUGAAAUUGGAGGCUUGGAGUAUCACAAGCAAGAACACAAAGAUAAUAAACUUGAAAGCAUACUGAAGACUAAAGAUAAUAUUAUCUAUUUAAGUUUUGGAUCCCGAGUCAAAUGGUCACAAAUGGACACAAAUUUUGUAGAUAUAUUUUUAGAAUCCUUUGGGCAAUAUCCCAAUUACACAAUUCUAUGGACUUAUGACAAAAACUGCACCGAAUUGGAAAUGAAGUCCGGAAAUGUUUUGUGCCAACAGUGGUGGCCACAAACUCUCAUUUUGGCAUCAAAUAAGACUAGGCUAUUUAUAAGUCAUGGUGGUAAGGGCAGCAUAUCAGAAGUCUAUCGUUAUGGCAAACCCAUACUGGGGUUUCCAUUCUUCGGUGAUCAGAGAGCAAAUGUGGCAAAGAUACAGGCAAAGCAUAUGGGCUUAAAAUUGGAUAUUCACAAUCUCACCAAAGAAGGUUUGGUGAGGGCCAUACAUGAACUUUUGACAAAGGAGGAGUAUCGAAGAAAUUCAGAGGAAUUCUCUAGCCUUUAUAAAGAUAGGCCACAGACAAAUGAGCAGACUCUUAUAUAUUGGUUGGAGUAUGUUAUUCGCCAUCGGGGAGCCCAACAUUUACGUAGUCCGGCUUUGGAGUUGAAUGUUAUCGAAUAUUAUAACUUAGAUGUGUAUAUGGUAAUAAUGUUGUCAUUAGCUAUAUUAAGAGUAGUUUGUAAUUGGAUAGAGAAGAGCUUUAAGAAGUAA